GUCGGCGGCCCGCGAAGCCAGAGGCCCUGUGCCUGCCAGAUCCAGCGUGCGAUCCAUGUACCGAGUACGGCUCCCGAACCGCUGAGUCGCUGACACCGACACCGACUAUUAGUUGACCAUAUCCUCACGCCGGAGGAUGUUCCCUUAGCCCUUUUCCGCCACGUCCACAUUCUCCUCGUCACCCAACAUAUCGACGGAACACCAUGUCAGGAAGAGCAGCAAGACGGUCCUCGUCCGUCGACGCGGAGUAUCAGCCGAUACCGCAGGCCCCCGUAGCAGCGGGUCCAGCUACGAGGCAUUCGCUUGAUGUCAGCGAGGUUGACGAGGAGGAUGCUGUGGAUAUCAUGGAGGACGCGCCAGAGGUCGUCGUAGAUGGCAAGAUACGCGCGAUACACUUCGUGCUGGGAUGUGCCGUACUCCUCCCCUGGAAUGCAAUGAUCACUGCUACUCCGUACUUCAUGUCCAGAUUGGACGGGUCCCCUCUGAAGGCGUCCUUCAGCUCAUAUCUAUCCAUGGCUUUCAUGUUCUCCAAUUUGAUUUUCCUUGGGCACGCGACCGCUACUUCCAAGCAAUCUCUCAGCACAGGUCGCAUAUCAUGGUCACUGCUGAUUAUAGCCUUUGUGACUGCUGCUCUUACGCUGAGCACAUGGAUUCACGUCCACCCAGGGCUCUUCUUCGCGCUUAUCCUCCUCGCUGCCAUGAUCAAGUCCGCUGCGGGGUCAUACUUGCAAAGCUCAGUGGUCGCACUUGCUUCGCUGUUCGGACAUGAGGCCAUGCAGGCCGUCAUGUCCGGACAAGCUGCUGUCGGUGUCGCCGUCAGCGGUGUACAGGUUCUCAGCGCGGCCGCAUCCACGCAUCGCGUGCCGCCCCCAUCGCCUCAGACAGGAGACGACGAGCUCUCGAGGACUCCGGAGGAAACGUCGGCGUCUCUGUUCUUCGGUCUCUCGACAGUGUUCCUGUUCGUCACAUAUGCAGUGCAUAUCUGGCUGAAGACUCUACCUGCGUACAAGAUGAUCAUCGCCAGACAACGGCCUCACGCGCCUGGGAGGCUUCCCUCCGAUAGCCUCGGAAGCCCGGACGAAAGACGAGGUCUGACAUCUAGCGGUCCCUCGCACAAGGGACGUAGCGGCAAAGCACAGAUGCUCCGCCUAGGCAGGAUCAACCUGCCGUUCAACUUCGCUGUGGCUUAUGUGUUCGUGGUCACCUUGUCCGUGUUCCCGCCGAUCACGGUGUCGAUCCAAUCCACGAAUCCGAGCACGCACCCGCUGCUCUUCAGCGCGAUGCAUUUCUUCGUCUACAACAUCGGCGACCUCACCGGCCGCUCGCUCUGCUCGCUUCCGCGGCUGCACAUCUGGUCCGCCAAGCGGCUCCUAUCGUUCUCGCUCGCGCGCACACUCUUCAUCCCGCUCUUCCUUAUGUGCAACAUCCAGUGGGCGUCGCCAACCGCGAUGAAGCCCGUCAUCACGUCCGACGCGCUCUACAUGCUCAUCCUGGUGCUCUUCGGCGUCACAAACGGGUACGUGUCGAGCAUGUGCAUGAUGUCCGCACCAUCGGUCGCGCACAACCCACGCUUGAAGGGCCGCACGGAGGACGUGGACAUCGCUGCGACGGUGGCGAGCUUCUGUUUGGUGAUGGGACUGACGAUGGGUAGCGUGGCGAGCUUCGCCGUCAGGGCGAUGGUGUGCAACUGCAAUCCUUUC